GGACCUUAGCGCAACGAGUGCUUUGGCUGAAGAUUUCUAGAGAAGGGCCCGGACAAAGUCGGGGGAAGGGCUCCCGAGACCAGCUGCCCGGUGUCGGGCCAGCCGGCGCCCGGGGGGAGCCCAGCGUCCCGCCGCGUCUGUCCCGGGAGUAGAGGCGCUGGACGCACCAGUAAGUGACUCUCCCCAGAGGCUGCGAUGAGGGCCCUUAGCUGAUUUUUUCGUUAACCGCCUCCGGUUUGUAAGAAGAUUUAUAGGUUACGAAGGUUUACAGGUUGGACACAUUGAAGCGCAAAGAAGUCAAGUGACACACUUCAAAUCAGAGCCUGAGGCAGGGCAGUGACACAUGUUGAACAGCUGCUGUGUUAGGCACAGACCUGAGUGCUUCCUGUAUAUGAGCUCAUUUAAUUCUUACCACAACCCUGAAAGAAAACCUCCAGGUUGGUCACAACUCUUUUUGGGCUCAGCAUGUAAGGGAAACUUCACCCACAUGAUAGCCAAGAAGUGUCAAAGAAGACAGAAAAGUCAGAAGAAACCAAGACAUCUUGGACCACUAGAUGAUUCCUGGCAGGAAAGGCUGGCUGAUGUUGUGACGCCACUCUAGAGGCUGAGCUAUGAAGAACAGCUCAAGGUGAAAUUUGAAGCUCAGAAGAAAAUUUUACAGAGACUAGAAUCUUACCUACAGAUGCUCAAUGGAGUCAAUGUGACAACAGUUGCACCCAGAUCUGAGGGGCUCUGUUGUUUCCUCCAUCCUAUUAUACCUUCUCCUGUCAUCAAUGGCUACCGAAAUAAGUCCACCUUCUCUGUGAACCGAGGUCCAGAUGGCAAUCCAAAGACUGUGGGAUACUACCUGGGAACUUGGAGAGACAGGAACAUGGUCUGUGUGCGGUCUAACCAUCUGAAAAAUAUCCCCAAGAAACACAGUCAAGUGGCACAGUACUACGAAGUAUUCCUUCGACAGUCCCCAUUGGAGCCCUGCCUUCUGUUUCCUGAAGGUGGGUACUGGCGUGAGCUCAUAGCCCACACCAAUAGCCAAGGGCACACAAUGGCCAUCAUCACUUUCCAUCCCCGGGAAUUAAGGCAGGAGGAGCUCUGUGUUGAGAAGGAGACUGUAAAGAAGUUUUUCACCAAAGGGUCAGGAGCAGUCUGUGACUUGACAUCACUUUACUUCCAGGAAAGUGCUAUGACCCGUUGCAGCCAUCAGCAGUCCCCCUACCAGCUCCUAUUUGGGGAGCCCCACAUCUUUGAAGAUCUCCUGGGGUUGAAGAUCCGCAUCUUUCCAGAUGCCUUUUUCCAGGUUAACACGGCUGGUGCAGAGAUGCUGUAUCGGACUGUGGGGGAACUGAGUGGAGUGAACUCUAACACCAUCCUCCUUGACAUCUGCUGUGUAACUGGUGUGAUGGGCCUCUCUCUGGCUCAGUAUACCUCCCAGGUCCUUGGGAUUGAGUUGAUGGAGCAAGCAGUAGAGGAUGCCAGGUGGACUGCAGCCUUCAAUGGCAUCACCAACUGUGAAUUCCACACCGGUCGAGCAGAGAAGAUUUUGCCACAGCUACUAAAGUCAAAGGAAGAUGGGCAGUUAAUUGUUGCUGUAGUGAACCCGGCCCAGGCGGGACUGCAUUACCAGGUGGUUCAAGCCAUUCGAAACUGCGGAGCCAUCCACAUACUAGUUUUUGUUUCCUGCAAGCCCCAUGGUGAAACCACAAGGAACAUCAUUGAAGAUCUGGCCAAAGACAAGCCACUAUCACUGUUUAUGCAUCUAAUCCUCUUGGGACCUGUUAUCAGAUGUUUGGAAGCCAUGAUUAAGUACCUCACACUGUGGAAGAAAGGAGGGCAGGAGGAGCCCUAUGUCAGCCUCACCCGAAAGAAGAUGCUAAUAAAUGGCGAGGAGGUGCUGAUAGAAUGGGAGGUGGGCCACUCCAUCCGGACCCUGGCUAUGCACCGCAGUGCCUACAAACGUAUGUCACAGAUCCAAGCCUUCCUGGGCUCAGUGCCCCAGCUGACCUGUCAGCUCUAUGUGACCCUGAUCUCUGCAGAGGUCCCCCUGGAUAGAGCUGUGCUAAUAGUCUUUUCCCUGAUAUCUGUCACCUAUGGGGCUACCCUCUGCAAUAUGUUGGCUAUCCAGAUCAAGUACGAUGAAUACAAGACUCGCCUUGGGCCACUAGAAGUCCUGUGCAUCACCAUUUGGCGGACAUUGGAGAUCACCUCCCGCCUCAUGAUUCUCGUGCUCUUUUUAGCCACCUUGAAAUUGAAGGCUGUGCCCUUCUUAUUGCUGAACUUCCUGAUCAUCCUCUUUGAGCCUUGGGUUAAGUUCUGGAGGAGUGGUGCCCAUAUGCCCAGUAACAUAGAGAAAAAUUUCAGCCGGCUUGGCACCUUAGUGGUGUUGAUUUCCGUUACCGUCCUCUAUGCUGGCAUCAACUUCUCUUGCUGGUCAGCUUUGCAGUUGAAGUUAGCAGACAGCGACCUUGUUGAGAAAGGUCAGAACUGGGGACACAUGGGCCUGCACUAUAGUGUGAGACUGUUAGAGAAUGUGAUCAUGGUCUUGGUUUUUAAGUUCUUUGGAGUGAAAGUGUUGCUGAAUUACUGUCAUUCCUUGAUUGCCUUGCAGCUCAUUAUUGCUUAUCUGAUUUCCAUUGGCUUCAUGCUCCUUUUCUUCCAGUACUUGCACCCGUUGCGCUCACUCUUCACCCACAAUGUAGUGGACUAUCUCCACUGUGUCUGCUGCUACCAGCACCCUCGGGGCAGGGUUGAGAACUCAGAGCCAUCCGUUGAUGCUGAAGCAGGGCAAAGCAUUGUCUGAUUCUGUCUUUCGGGUAUUUUGGGAUGGGUUGGGGUUGCCGAGAGCAACCGUGAAAUUGAAGGAGACGAUGAGGCUCCUGGGUGAGUACCCACCAGGACAUUGUUUUGAGUUUUCUGUAAGCCUAUCAGAAGAAAGAGCAGCCCCCAAAUAGAUUUUAUUUCCUUAAGAUUGACUGCUAUGUUUGGACACCAAGGUAACCACUGUGUACCUGGGAGGGUCAGAGAUAUCAUUCACAUUCCUCCCACCCAGGUCAGCUGUCUGGCUGCCCUAUGAGAUAACUUACCUCCAUGCACCUAAGGCUCUCUGUAGCUCUGCUCAUUGGCUUGAGCGUUACUGAGGUUUCUGUGGGCUGGACUGAAUGGCCCAGAAUCCCACCAGAAUAUAUCCUGACUGAUCAGAGGAUGUGCCUGCUUAUCAGCUAUGGCUACCUCCCAGGAAACAGUCUGACUUAUGUGAAACCUGUAACUGUGAACGUGGCUGGGGUCUUUUCAUUCCAGUGAGAAACACUGAUUAAGAGGAAAACCCCCACUAUUAAAAGAGCUGCUCCUUAAAUGAGUUAGCUCUCCAUUAGGACUUUACUAGUGAUCAUUCAUCAAGGAUCUUUCUUUUCAGUGGCCCUUCAAAGGCACACUCUGAGGAGGGAGUACAGAGUGGGUUUCCUUCAAGGCAUAAAGCAGAAUGACUAUCUCAGGGACCUGCAUGGGCCUCCACUGUGCUGAGUGGAGUGGUUGAGUCAAAGCUCUCACUUCAUGCCUCCUUAUCAGGGAUUCCCUCCAACCUGGCUUUUCUGUGCUCUUUGACCAACAUUGAUGUAGAUCUCAGAGAAGCUGAACUGUAAUUGAAAAUGUUUCUAAUGUGUGGA